AUGAGCCGGGAGGCCAUCUGCAGCGCGCUGCCCACCAUUCCCUACCACAAGCUCGCCGACCUGCGCUACCUGAGCCGCGGCGCGUCGGGCACCGUGUCGUCCGCCCGCCACGCAGACUGGCGCGUCCAGGUGGCCGUGAAGCACCUGCACAUCCACACCCCGGUGCUCGACAGCGAAAGAAAUGAUGUUUUAAGAGAAGCUGAAAUUUUACACAAAGCUAGAUUUAGUUACAUUCUUCCAAUUUUGGGAAUUUGCAAUGAGCCUGAAUUUUUGGGAAUAGUUACGGAAUACAUGCCAAAUGGAUCAUUAAAUGAACUCCUACAUAGGAAAAUGGAAUAUCCUGUUGUUGCUUGGCCACUGAGAUUUCGCAUUCUGCAUGAAAUUGCACUGGGUGUAAACUACCUGCACAAUAUGAAUCCUCCUCUACUUCAUCAUGACUUGAAGACUCAAAAUAUCUUAUUGGAUAAUGAAUUUCAUGUUAAGAUUGCAGAUUUUGGUUUAUCAAAAUGGCGUAUGAUGUCCCUCUCACAAUCACGAAGUAGUAAAUCUUCACCAGAAGGAGGGACAAUUAUCUAUAUGCCACCUGAGAACUAUGAACCUGGACAAAAAUCAAGGGCCAGUGUCAAGCAUGAUAUAUAUAGCUAUGCAGUUAUCACAUGGGAAGUCUUAUCCAGAAAACAGCCUUUUGAAGAAGUCACCAAUCCUUUGCAGAUCAUGUAUAGUGUGUCACAAGGACAUCGACCUGACACUAAUGAAGAAAAUUUACCAUUGGAUAUACCUCAUCGAGCACUCAUGAUCUCUCUAAUAGAAAGUGGAUGGGCACAAAAUCCAGAUGAAAGACCAUCUUUCCUAAAAUGUUUAAUAGAACUUGAACCAGUUCUGAGGACAUUUGAAGAGAUAACUUUUCUUGAAGCUGUUAUUCAACUAAAGAAAACAAAGUUACAGAGUACUUUGAGCACUAUUCACUUAUGCGACAAGAAGGAAAUGGCGUCAUCUCUGAACAUACCUGUAACUCAUGAGCCACAAGAGGAAUCGUGUGGAUCCUCUCAGCUCCAUAAAACUAGUGGUUCCACUGGAGCCUCAAAGUCCCUGUCAGCGUCUCAAGACAGUGAUUUUUUACCUAGAAAAACUCAAGACUUCUCUACGCUGUAUCACUAUCCAGUAAAUCACAGUUGUGAUAGUCACAUUUCUGUAGCUCAAAAGGUGACCUGUUGUGAGCACAGGACCGCCCCAUGCUCUUUAGCAGUAAUAAAUCCACUCUCAGCUGAGGGAAAUUCAGAGCGAUUACAGCCUGGCAUAGCCCAACAGUGGAUCCAGAGCAAAAGGGAAGAUAUUGUGAGCCAGAUGACAGAAGCCUGCCUUAACCAGUCGCUGGAUGCUCUUCUGUCCAGGGACUUGAUCAUGAAGGAGGACUAUGAACUCAUUAGUACCAAACCUACAAGAACCUCAAAAGUCAGACAGUUACUGGACACCACUGACAUUCAAGGAGAAGAAUUUGCCAGAGUUAUAGUACAAAAGUUGAAAGAUAACAAGCAAAUGGGUCUUCAGCCUUACCCGGAAAUACUUGUGGUUUCUCUAUCACAAUCUUUAAAUUUAUGUCAAAAUAAAAGCUUGUAACUGACUCUCUUUCAAGAAGAAAAGUUAUUCUAUGAGAGUAUUUUAUAUUUCUGUUGCCUUUAUCAUAUUGUUUUUACAAAAUCCACAUGAGUAUUAGAAGCUUUAAUGGAGUUUCUUCCUCAGGUAAAUAUUAGUCUUCUCCUGUGACAUUACAGUUUUUUUUUUUUUAAUUAAUAUAGUAGAAGGUUUGCAUUUUGCUAGAUAGUUCGAUUUGUCUCUUUGGUUAAUUGAAAUUAGUUUUCAAAUAUAAUGUCAUUCUUGCACAUAACAAUGUCUUACGGUAUCAUGCAUUUCUCAUGGAAGCCAUUUUCAUAUUCACUUUCUUUUGGAUUAUUUAUUACUUGUCUCAGAUACAGUUUGGCUUUUUGAAAUGUAACCUUUAAAUUAGAGAUAGUACAGCAUUUCUCAUGCGUAGUCCCAGGUUCAAAUCCUCUCCAAAAAAGUUGUUCAUUAAACUUUAUUAUCCAGAUUACAUUUUUAAAUCUUAUUCAUUGGAAUCUCUUUAAAAAAAUAUUUCGAAGGUAAAAUACAAAAUAUAUGAAGAAAAAAUUUAUCUUUCAGCAUGUUUCCACCCUCAUUUCUAACCACAACCAGCAACCAAGGUAACCAAAGUUAACAACAUAAUGUGUAUCCUUCUUUACCCUUCUUCCUACUCCUAUGUAAAGUAUAUGCUCAUUUGGGAAAGGGUCUUUCAUUAGUAUUAUCAUUUUAAUACGUUAUACGGCACUAAUUUUUGCACUUAAUAGUACAUCAUGUGUAGCCUUCCAGAUCAUACAUAAAUCUAACUCAUCCUUUUUAAUUGCUGCAUAAUAUCAAGGCUGCAUCUUUAUCUUAUUAAUCUGUUCACCAGAUUUAGCCAAAACAAUAAAGAUAGAGCAUGAGUUAUUUUUAUGUUUAACAGCUUAUGUCACUAAAUGAAAACUUACAAGGAAUAAUCUCUCUUCUGAAAAUGUUUAUUACCAAUGUCAGCAAAAAGUGUGAUGCAGGAUAAAUUCAAAAGUACAGACUUUCAAGAGGUAUCAGACCAACAGUAUUAUAAAAAAAAGUAAGAGUCAAAAUGAUCAGAAGGUCCUCAUAGGGCUAUGUGCCAUCAACGCAGAGCCCACUUCAGAUCCUCUGUCCGUCCCCCUCUCUCUCUGCCCCUCCCUUCUUCCCUCUCUUUCCCUGUUAACAUCUUUUUUAAAUGACCAGAAGGUAUUGGGGCAAUUAAAUAUUUUAUUAAGAUUAUACAAUGAGUGUUUUAAUCUCCAUUUGGAGCUUGACACUAACUGGUGGUGCCUCAUUACUGUAUCUCUGAGAAAUACAGAAAUUACUAGGGAAAGAUGGAAACCAAUUAAGUAUAUGAGUUGUCUAUUCUAUCUCCUAUUUUUAAAUGUUAGGAUAAGGAUUUAAUUUGGGAAAUAAGUUGAGAAAAUGAGAUUGUUUUAGGUAGUACAUAGAUACAGCACCAAAUAACAUUUGAGUCAUAUGGUACGGAAGUUCUUUCAGUUCUUCCUUGAGCCUUCUAAUUAAGUAAAGGAGAAUGUCACAGUUGUGCUGUCAUGUUUUAAUCCCCCUUGUUAAGAAAAAGAAUAGGCUUCAGUCUCACAACUUCAGAAACAGUAUUUAGCAAGAAUUUUACAGUUUUUUUAAAAAUUGUAUUUUAUUUGAAAAUGAUCCACAUAUCACAAGUGGUACUAAUUGUGUAUGUAUAAUAUAUAAAGUUUCAUUUUAUAAUCAAGACAAUCCAAAAUACUGAAUUAUAGGUAGAAUGUGAGUGUACCAGCUAUCAUUGAAGCAUAGUAGAAGGAUGAUAGUAAGAUUCAGUCACCUAAGGAAGGGACCUAAUAAUCUAUAAUUAUCUCUUUUUUAACUAGAUAGUACUAGAUAAUCUGAAAGUGGCAUUCCUUGCAGUGUAUUUUUUUUUUGUACUUUGGUUUUUGUUUUUUUUUUAAUGUUUAUUUAUUUUUGAGAGAGACAUUCCUUUAUACUUUUUUUAAUUUAAUUUUUUAUUUUUUAAAGUUUAUAUCCAAAUUAGCAUAUAGUGCAACAAUGAUUUCAGGAGUAGAUUCCUUAAUGCCCCUUACCCAUUUAGCCCGUCCCCCCUCCCACAACCCCUCCAGUAAUCCUCAGUUUGUUCUUCACGUUUAUGAGUCUCUUCUGUUUUGUCCCCUUCCCUGUUUUUAUAUUAUUUUUGUUUCCCUUAUGUUCAUCUGUUUUAAAACAGUCUUACCCACAAAUGUCCACAGAACAGCUGCAUUCACAUCACUUGGAACUUGUGAGAAAGGCAAAUUCACGGGGCCCUUCUCUCAGACCUGAACUAAUCUCAGGUAGUAAGGUUCAGAAAUCUAUGUCAAUAAACCAUCCAGACCAUUAUGUGUGUGCUAAAGUUCAAGCCCCUUUGUUUUUAGGAAACAAAAUAGAACUAUGCAUAAGAUAAUUUCCCUUUAGUUCACAGAUCAGUUUUCCUUGUGUCUGCCACACUUGUCUUCAGGAGGUGUAGUCUCAGAACUGAGGUGUGAUUAGGAAAUUUAACUUUUGGGUUUUUUUGCAUCCACUUGAAUUCCCAAAACAAUAUUAGACAUGUGUUGCAUGUUGGAAAGAUUGCUUAAAUAUGAUAAUCAGAUCAGUUGAUUGGAUCUAUCACUCAGCUCUUUAAAGAAGUACUUUAGAAGGGAUCAGACACUUGAAUUACGACAGCAGAAGAGCAGAGCUGAUGUGGGGAAAGCCAAGAAGCAAGACUGGAUGCGUUGAAAGUUAUACUAGAGAAACUGGCAUCACGGUGAAAAGACCGGGGUGUGGCAGUGGAGGUACCCAGCAGCGGCAGCUGGUUUUUAUCUCCCUUCUGUUGGUAAUCCUCUGUUCACCCUCCCCCACCCCAACUCAA